UCCACCGGAGUGAUGAGAGAAAACCCCGAGAACCUUCCGGGACUUUCGACCUGUGCCCGUCUGACCCAUGUGAUGAGAAGGAUCUCGGUCCUGCCUGCAGGUCUCGGGGUUUACUCAGUUCUGCACGAUAAGGACGGACUUUGUGCUCUAAAUGCAGCGCUUCCCUCUGUGCUGAGGAGGAUUUCACGCUCUUCUGUUUUCAUCUCCUAAUCAACAGAUUGGAUCGUGUCAGUAUUUUUUUUUUAUCCCGUUUUACACCAAGACUCGAACUUGACACGCCUCUGCUCUUGGAUUAAUUGCAUCGCCCUGCCUCCCUCCCCCUCCACACUCCUCCUCUCCCCGACCCUUUUUCUUGUCAAGUCCAUUCUUGUUUCGCAUGAAAUGUCUUCGUUACCAGGACUGGUCCCGCAGAUGAUGCGCCCGGCACCCAGACAGAACCACCAGCGCGCUGGACUCCCGCUGGAAGCAGUGUCCACUGCUCUCGGUCAGGGCCGGGUCAACCAGCUGGGAGGUGUCUUCAUUAACGGCCGGCCUCUGCCGAACCACAUCCGGCACAAGAUAGUGGAGCUGGCCCACCAGGGGGUCCGGCCCUGCGUCAUCUCCCGGCAGCUGCGCGUCUCUCACGGCUGCGUCUCCAAGAUUCUCUGCCGGUUUCAGGAGACGGGCUCAAUCCGACCAGGAGCCAUCGGCGGCAGCAAGUCCAGGGUCCUGCAGCAGUUAUCGACGUCGGACGUGGAGACGCGGAUCGAGGAGUACAAGCAGGAAAACCCCGGGAUGUUCAGCUGGGAAAUACGAGACAAGCUGCUGAGAGACGGAGUGUGUGACAGAGGCACAGUCCCUUCAGUGAGUUCGAUCAGCCGCGUGCUGCGAAACCGAUUCGGGAGGAAGGACGAGGACGAGUGUGACAAAAAGGACGGAGACGCAGAAAAAAGAAACAAACACAGCAUAGACGGCAUUCUGGGUGGCAAAGGAGGCCAGUUGGAAGACGUGUCAGACGUAGAAUCGGAACCGGAUCUCCCUCUCAAAAGGAAGAAGCGCAGAAGUCGGACCACCUUCACAGCAGAGCAGCUUGAGGAGUUAGAGAAGGCUUUUGAAAGAACACACUAUCCUGACAUUUAUACCAGAGAGGAGCUGGCCCAGCGGACCAGGCUGACUGAGGCCAGGGUUCAGGUGUGGUUUAGCAAUCGCAGAGCCAGGUGGCGCAAGCAGGCAGGAGUCAGUCAACUGGCGGCAUUCAACAACCUCUUGCCCAAUGGGUUUUCUUCAACAGGGGUGUCAACAUUUUCGACAUAUCAGCUUCCAGAAUCAGGCUACUCCUCUCUGUCCCAUGAAAAUGAUGACACAGUUCAUCGUCCACAACCACCCGCUGUGCAUCAAAUCGGUUUGUCCAAUGCGGACAGCGGUCCUUCCUACGCUCUUUCCUCCAGCUGCAAUGGCUUCCCCACUUAUUCUGAUUCCUUUGUGAGCUCUGCAGCUCAGAGCAAUCCUGUUAACAGUGGACUUUCACAACAGGUUAUGAGCAUCAUGGGUAACUCAUGUCGUAUUUCCUCAAAGCCACACCAUGACUUCUCCCUGUCACCUCGCCCAAGGUCUUUGGACUCUGCUUUAUCCAACAUAAUGGCCGCCAACGGCAGUCAACAGUCAGCUGAGGUCUCUGCUAAGUUGGCGGAGAGCUUUCAUUCAUCCGAAUCUUACUCCCCAACCACAUAUGGCACCACCAGCUACAGCAUGGACCCAGUUGUGACAGCCGCCAGCUACCAGUACAGUCAGUAUGGUCAGACUGCUGUGGAUUACUUGGCAAAGAACAUUAGCCUCUUCAGUCAGCACAAGAUGAAGUUGACCAAUCACUCGGCUGUGCUGGGAAUGCUGCAUGUCAGUACCGGUCAGGCCUACUAGUACUUUAAACAAACAGCAGCAAACCUGGCUGCCAGCAGCCCCUACAACUCCUGCUGCAACACAAAACUCACACAGAGGUUCCCCGCCAAUGGAAGUGUUGUUUUUCCUGCAGACGAAGAGCCACAACACCUCUUGAAAUAUCCCUUUUACUAAAUGUUUGGCACUUGGUGUGGAGAGUUUAGACUUUCCGUGGUGGUUCAUGGGGCACCGAUGCAGUUCUACAUUUGUAUUAAAUAGCUACGUUUGUCUUGUUUGGUCUUUUAGGGAAUGUAAAUGUUGCAAACUGUGGUUGUUUUUGAAAACAUGCUAUUCUUUUGCCACAUAGUGACCAACAUUCAUAUGAAAUAACAGCAGGAAGGAAAGAGACAGUGAGCUCGGGUUGUUCCAGUGUUUAUUCAUCAUUCUUUUAAGUUGUACAACUUAACUUAACCAUUACGUAAACUCAGUAGCAUCAAAAUGAAUAAUAUCAAUUUUCAUUUGCUUUAUAUGUAUAUACUAAAUGUGUGUGCAACUGAAGAAAUUUUAAAUUCUGUGCCAGUAUUCCCAUUACGUGAUAAAGUUUUUAUUAUUAUUAUUAUUCAAAAGUUUUAUUUCUUCAGCUGGAACCAUCCCUAAAUUUAUACUAAAUUAAUCUCUUUAAAUUAAUUUCUUAUUUAUUUAAUAUUUGCUUGAUACAAAAACAAAUAACACUGGUUUUGUACAAAUAGAUAUAAACUGUAUUUUAUUUGAUCAUUUUCUACAAAAUAAGAACUAUGUUUGCUCAUUUCCUGCCUCCAGCUAAUUCAUUUUGCUCUCACUGCAGUUCCUGUUGUGAGCAGGUUGCACCUGGUCUAUAACCUUUGAGUUAUUCUAAAAUACUUACUGAGUCAGGGGUUACACAUGAUGUGGAGAGCAGUCAACAUCGGUGUAAAACAAGUCAGUGACAGGAUGAAAAAAAAAAGGAUGAAUAAAAUGAUGUGUAUUUUGUGCCUUACACAAGUAUGGAGAGGCGCUGGCAGGAAUUAAAAAGUCCCAUCUAAAGAUUCAUUACUGACUUUCACAGGCUGAACUGUAGGAGCUCAAAUAUUGAUACUGUUAUUGAUAGCUUAUUGAUUGAUGGAUGCACAUCGAUCAGUGUUUACAAGACCAUCGAGAAGCAGACAGAAGAAUAUGAGAGGAGGUUGUGACUGAAAUAGUAAAGAAGCUGUAGACCUGAUUGUUCCUGACCAAACUAAAUUAUUUGAAUCAGUUUGUCCGGGUUUAGAGCUGCACACUGGGUCAAAGAUGAGUCAAAUUUGGUUUUAAAAAAUCACUUCCAAUCACAUUAUCUAUGUGGAAUGAAUGCAUUUACAUAGUUUUCAAAAAUACCCCAUCUGUUAUUAUUUGAAAUGAAAAAAAAAAAUUCUGAAGCGAAAAAAAUAAAUGUAAAACUGCAAAAAAACAAUUUGUCCAGUUUAUGAUUUUGUAUACUUGGUUUUUACCUUUGUGAAAAUC